AUGGCGACCAUGCCGUUUGUCAGCGAGGGGAAGUGUGUCAGUGUAGAGUGGGACUUCCUGCAAGGACUGCUGGCCAAGCCCCCCACCUUGCCGUGUCUCCAGAACCUGCGUAAAGAGAAGUCUCGUAAUGCGGCCCGCUCGCGGCGAGGGAAGGAGAACUUUGAGUUCUUUGAGCUGGCCAAGAUGCUGCCUCUGCCCGGGGCCAUCACCAGCCAGCUGGACAAGGCCUCCGUCAUCCGGCUGACCAUCAGCUACCUGCACAUGCGGACCUUUGCCAGCCAGGGGGACCCGCCCUGGAGCCCUCUACUGGAGGGAGACAGCAACUGCAGCAAAGUAAGACGCUCAUCCCACUCUCUGGCCACGGACAUGUUCGAGCAGCACCUAGGGGCGCACCUCCUCCAGUCUCUGGAUGGCUUUGUGUUUGUGGUCAGUCAGGAGGGACGGUUCCUCUACAUCUCAGAGACGGUUUCUAUCUACCUGGGACUCUCACAGGUGGAGCUCACAGGCAGCAGUGUGUUUGACUACAUCCACCCAGCCGAUCACGUAGAGAUGGCCGAGCGGCUGGGCAUCAGGCCCCACCUCCGGGCCGAGGCUGGCUGCCACACAGCCCCGGAGAGCGCCUCCAGCUCCGCCUCCACCUCCUCCCUGGCUGGCACCCCUGAACCCGCUCCGUCUAGUCCCCACUCCCCUGGUGACGAUCCUCCUGACCGUGGCUUCUUCAUCCGCAUGAAGUCCACCCUCACCAAGCGAGGCCUGCACGUCAAGUCUUCUGGAUACAAGGUGAUCCAUGUGACGGGACGUAUCCGCUGCCGCCCUGCCCUCGUUCCGGGCUCCACCCGCUCCGUGCGCAGACCAAUGGGUUUGGUGGCACUGGCGCACACGCUUCCGCCCUCCACGCUCAACGAAGUCCGCAUGGAGAGCCACAUGUUUGUCUUCCGGGUCAACAUGGACCUACAAGUCACAUACUGUGAGAACAGAAUCUCAGAGUACAUGGACCUGACCCCAGCAGAGGUGGUGGGCCAUACCUGCUACCACUUCAUCCAUGUAGAAGAUCUGGACAACCUCCGGCAGAGCCAUGAAGACUUGCUGAGGAAGGGCCAGGUGGUGACUGGCUACUAUCGCUGGCUCCAGAGGAGAGGCGGCUACCUGUGGAUCCAGUCCUGCGCCACCGUCUCCAUCAACCACAAAGCCCCCCACGAGCGCAACGUCAUCUGGGUCAACUACGUCCUCAGUCGAACGGAGUUACCUGACACUCCACUAGAUCUGCUGCAACUACCAGAAAGUGUGAGAGCAGAGAGGCUGCGAGUUAGUUCCUCCCCGACUGACGGCUCCCCACAGGCCCGAGGCUCCCAGUCAAUAAAGAGCUCGGUGGGUAAGAGCGAGCCUGACUCCAAAGGCAGAGAGUCUUUCCCUGCUGCUGCCGUCCAGUCGGAGGAGAGGAGGAAGCGCCCGCUGCGGUCCGACCCUGAGGGCGCUCCCCCUGAAACUCGCCGCAGACUGGAGGAGCUCCGCCAGACUGAGGAGAGUGUAUCGGCUUCUUCGGACCUGGCGAGCGAAAGUGAGGGAGACGAGGAGGAGGAGACAGAAUGGGACCAGGGGGGAGAGAGCGAGAGGGUGAAACGAGAAGAGGGUGGAGGUGGAGUGAAACGGGGUGGGGGAGGAGAGACGCCCACUAGAGGGGAAAGAGGGGGCAGGGUGCACAACGGCCGGGCUGUGAUCCAGCAGCUGAAGAGCGUGGUGACCCCGGCUCCCCUGUCCGGCAGCCCCAGCAUCAAGACUGAACAUGACGCUCUGACCGGUGGGGGGCGCUGGGUGUCACACCCGCAGACCCCCACCUCGCACGCAGCCGCCCAUACCACCCAACCCCAACCGUCACAUACACACACCCCGUCCAGCAGCCUCAACGGCGACAGCCCCACCACCCCAAUCCCCGACUCUUCCUCCAGCAGUGAGGCCCCCUCAAAGGGCCUUUUCACGCCCCCAUCCCCAGCUCUGUCCCCUGCCAUGUCCGUGUCCUCCCCGCUGCCCCGCGAGGAGAGGGCGGUGUCGGGCUCUGUCGGGCGGAGCGGAAGUGGCGGAGGUGGCGGUAGUGGUCCUGACUUUGAGCUGCUCCAGAGACUGGCUGCAGGUGGCGCAGCAGGGCGGGUUCUCUUCCACCCCUUGGCCCUUGGCCCGCAGGGCCCUCAGAGCCUCUACGCCCCCAGCACUAUCCGCUACGCUCCACCUGAGCUGCCCCCCUCCCACCACCACAGUGCUGGACACACCGAUGGCCUGCAGCUACGUACGGACCACCACAAGGGACCACCACCAGCCUUCUUCCCCCAUCUACAGAGGCUGGCUGGCCUGCCACCCUUCAGUGGUUUCUCCCCAUCUGACAGCCCUUUCUCCUCUGGCCUGCCCUUCUGUAUGAAUGGACUGAGGGGCGCCGCGGGCUCUGAGGAGGACUGA